AUCUUCAACCACCUACUCUCUCCCCCUCUUCUCUUUCACUCUCCGCCAUUACCACUCUCCAAGCUCUCUCUCUUAUUUUACUCAAAAUAACUCCGUCGUCUUCCUCAUUCCAUUUCUGAUUCUGGUUCGUUAAAUCACCUCUUUCCUCCAUAUGGGUUGCUGUGUAAGCACCAAAGCUAACUGCAACAUUGAGGAUAAAAACCAGAAGUUGGAGUCUGAAUCUGAAUCCUGCAACGGAAAAUUCAAAAAUGAGAACAGAGCACCUCCUCCUUCUCUGCUAGAAGAAGAAACAGUAAAGGAGGUUUUGUCUGAAACUCCUAAGCUUCCUUCUCUUGCUUUUAUCGAGCCAGAUGAGAAGAAAAACCCACAAAACACAGUCCUCGAAAAGAUUCAGGAAGCAGAACAUGAUCUCGAGAUGAAGACCAAGAAAGUCGCCAUUACCACCACCCCCGCCGUCAACGUGGACGUUGGGACCAACACUGAAGAUGCAGAGUCCGAGGUCUCGGAGAUUUGCAGCGUGAGCAUGAGCGAGAGUGUUUCUGUAAAUGAAAGUAUUAGGAGAGAAGAUGAAGAAGAGGUGAGACAACAAAACCAGGUGAGGUUGAGAUCGCCGGGGAAAUUGCAGAAACCAUCGUCGGCGAGUAGGAAUCGGGUCGUGGGUAAGUCCCCGACUCGAAGAUCCGAUCCAUCACCCGCUAGAAGAAACGGCACAAUCGGCAUUGGCGGUGUUGAGUCAGUGAAGAUAGUUCAGGGAAGAGACGCGAGUCAAGGGAUAAGGAGAAGCGGGUCAAGGCCCGACCCAAGAAAGAAGGACCCCGGUGAGAGUUCCGGGAGGAGGUCGAAAUCGCCGGCAAUCAAUAGAUCUGAAAUGGGUCGGAGCCCGUCGGCGAGGAGGACAAACAGGUCGCCAGGUCGUGUCGGGUCGGAUUCAUCGGAGAGAAAGAACAGUAAAAUGGAGAGCAAGUUAGAAAUCACCGAUACUGAAUCACUAGAAAAUCCACUUGUCUCCCUUGAAUGCUUUAUCUUUCUGUAACACAGAGAAGAAUAUUCCGGCCAAUAUUCCCGCCGGCGUCGCUGUCUUACCUGCCGGAGAUUCAGUGGAAAAAAAGAAGAAAAGAUCAUGUUCACCUUUGUUUUUUUGGCCUGAAGCUUUUGUGAGUAUGAAGUCAAAAAGUCAACGCGAUUAAAGGCAUGUUUGGAUGCCCAAAAAUGAAUUAUUAUUUUUUUUUUGGGUUAAACUCAUUUUGGGUGUUCAUCUUUGUACUAGCAAAGCAAAAGAUUUAAUGUCUGGAGGUACAAAUUACAAAA